CUCAGCAGUGCGAUUUUCUACAUCGAAAGAAGUGAACACGAUCACCGCGAGGUGGCUCCACGUAACUACACAAUUUGACCCCCUGAUUUAUUAUUUUUCUGCAAAAUCAGAAUUUUCUGUUCGUUACAAUUGUUAAUUUUAGACCCAAAAUCUAUAAGAAUCAUAAAGUGCAUUUUGAGGGUCCGUUGAACUUUAAUACGCAUUCGGGAAGGGGGCUUUUAUUUCGUCCGCACCGCGCUGCACGAGGUAUAUUGAAACGCAAAGACGAACAAUCGAAUUAGAUUAACAAGCGCUUAAGUGAUUUUAUUAAAUCCAAGCGAGACGACUCCACCGCGCUGUCGUUGCCCCCCUGUCGCAAUCGUGGGUCUCUGGGAGGAAUUCAUUGACAACAAAGUAGAAUCUGGUUCGAAUUCGUUGGUGGACGUCGUCGUCAUCGUCGUCGGGCCGUCCGUUGAUGGUUGUCUUGCUUCCUCGCUUGCAUUCCUUCUAAUUUUGUGCUUCCUGUGCUGCAUACGAUUAUCUGUUUUGUGUUCGAAAGAGUGAAGAGUGCGGGGCGUGUUAUAAUACAGCCCAUACGUCUUGCCCGGCAGUGGCCGUCACUGUCAGUCGGCUGACCGGUAUAGGUGAUAACUAGUUCCAUAUUAUAUUUUUCCUCUAUGCGCUGCGAACGCGGGUUGCAUUAGAAGCGUUUUCGUCGUCGUGCACGCUCGAAAUCAAGUUUUUUUUUGUAUUAUUUUUAUUUGAAUCACAGAGUGCAAGAGUGUUGUGUUGUGUGCUAGAAAAUUCCCACCGCUAGAGUGCGCUUUCACUUUCGCAAUAAACAACUAAAAACACCGUUGAGCUGAUUGUACGAGAGUCUGUCUAUAUUACGGCAUCAGGAGUGAUCGAGAAGAAGCAGUGCUGCCAAAAGUGGAUUACCUAUAGUUUUUUUUUUGUUUUGUUGUUGUUUACUUGGACCAUUGAACUGGCAAAAAUGGACACAUUAAGGGCAUUUUUGUUUUUGUUCGGGACCGCGGUGAUUCAACAAAAUCGCUUGCAUGCGGAUUUGUUUUGAUCGGCUGUGCUUCGCAACAAAGAGGCCAGCCACAUCAGAAACAGACCACAUACCGAAUAUCCACGGAGUGAUCACCACCACCCCCGCACCAACGGCACUUAUCAUAGCCAAACCAGCUAUCAGUCAGGGUAAAAAUAGCCCCAAAAUCCCCAUCACCACCACCACCAGUAACAGCAACAGCCAUAGCAACAAGACUGCCAACAACGUAGACACAAACGGCAACAGCAACGCCAAACACUUCCAUGGUACUUCCAUAAACGCAUUGGAUCCGCCAGAUCAAAGUGACAAUAAAAUAGCCGCCCCGGUUAACGGCUCACCUGCAAUCAGGAAGGAAUUCGUCGUCGUCGUCGAUCAGAAACAACCCCCCAGCAGCGCGUCACUAGAAGCUGCAAUAUCAACAAACGUUGUUGGUGCAACGUCGUCGUCGGUGCUGACAUCCUCCGUCGCUAAUUGCAACCCAAAUAGCAACAAGGCGGACAAAAAUAGUCCCUCAAGCACCGAGGUGCGAAAAAUAAGUCCGACAGGUGGACAAAAUCCAGAUACGAGCGAAGGCAAGAUGCAACAGGAACCGAACGCAAAUUUUCAGUUCCAGCCCGAGCUGGGUAUAGUGAACAACAACGAUCCGGUGGUCCAGGCCUCAGACGUACUUACGCACACGCUCAUUUAUGGGACCGUGCCCACCGCUGCCCAGCAGAUUAACACAGAUCCGAAUUUACAAACCCUCAACUACCUGCACCAGCAAGAGCUGCAGCUACAGCAGCGCUAUCAGCAACUGCAGCAGCUUCAAGCCCAAACGCAGGGACUUUUUAUUGCGGCUCCACCGUCUCCAAUUCACCAUCAGACAACAUACAGUCCUUUGGGUGAUUACAGUGCGACGAAGCGGCUAACCGACCAGAUGCAAGGACUCCUCAUACAGACAAACAAUUGCGAGCCGACUGUAGCCGCCCCGGCCACUCCUAUCAACAUCAUGAGUUCUCCAUUUGUGCCAUCUACACCGCAGGAGCAGCGCUUCGUGCAGAUCAUACAAGCCAAGGAAAUGAAGAUCCAGGAAAUGCAAAUGGCCCUCCAGUACAAGGAUACUGAGAUAGCCGAACUGAAAUCUCACCUCGAUAAAUUCCAAAGUGUGUUUCCGUUUAGUCGCAGUGUGUCGGGAGGGACAACAACGCCGUGUGGAUUGGCUGGACGGAAGACGGGUCAGGCUGUGCAGAGACAGCGAGCCCAAGGUAUUUCUGCCGAACCACAGAGUGAAUCGCUGCUGCAUGUCACUUUCCAGAAACACGACAAGGACGAAAGAUCGCGUGAACUCAUCAAAUCGGCAAUUCUAGAUAAUGAUUUUAUGAAGAAUCUGGAAAUAACACAAAUACGUGAGAUCGUCGAUUGUAUGUAUCCUGUUAAAUAUGCGGCAAAGAGUCUCAUCAUCAAAGAGGGAGAUGUUGGCAGCAUUGUUUAUGUGAUGGAAGAGGGACGAGUUGAAGUCUCACGUGAAGGAAAAUAUUUGUCAACAUUGUCCGGCGCAAAGGUACUUGGAGAAUUGGCCAUAUUAUACAAUUGCCAACGAACGGCAACCAUCACGGCCAUUACCGAAUGUAAACUUUGGGCCAUAGAACGACAAUGUUUCCAAACAAUUAUGAUGCGAACUGGUUUGAUCCGUCAAGCCGAAUAUACGGACUUCCUCAAAAGUGUGCCGAUCUUCAAGAAUCUACCGGAAGACACUCUCAUCAAAAUAUCAGACGUGCUGGAGGAGACGUAUUAUCAAAUGGGCGAUUACAUCGUCCGCCAAGGAGCCCGAGGUGACACUUUCUUCAUAAUAUCCAAAGGUCAAGUCCGUGUAACCAUCAAACAGGAAGACGCCCAGGAAGAGAAAUUCAUUCGAACAUUGAGCAAAGGUGACUUCUUUGGUGAAAAAGCACUCCAAGGUGAUGAUCUUCGUACUGCAAAUAUCAUUUGCAAUUCAGCAGAUGGAGUUACUUGUUUGGUGAUCGACAGGGAGACGUUUAACCAGCUCAUAUCGAAUCUGGACGAGAUACGGCAUCGGUAUGAUGAUGAGGGUACGCUCGAGAGGAAAAAGAUCAACGAACAAUUCCGUGAUGUCAGUCUAUCUGAUCUUCGUGUUCUUGCCACUUUGGGUGUUGGUGGUUUUGGUCGUGUUGAAUUGGUUCAAAUCAUAUCCGAUCCAUCGCGUUCAUUUGCUCUCAAACAAAUGAAAAAAUCCCAAAUAGUUGAGACACGCCAGCAGCAACAUAUAAUGUCCGAAAAAGAAAUAAUGGGCGAAGCCAAUUGCCAGUUUAUAGUGAAGCUUUAUAAAACUUUCAAGGAUAAGAAAUAUCUCUACAUGUUGAUGGAGAGUUGUUUGGGUGGCGAAUUAUGGACGAUCCUUCGUGAUAAGGGAAAUUUUGAUGAUUCGACUACGAGAUUCUAUACAGCUUGUGUGGUAGAAGCUUUUGAUUAUCUGCAUUCGCGGAAUAUCAUUUAUCGUGAUUUGAAGCCCGAAAAUUUGUUGUUGGAUGAGAGGGGCUAUGUUAAGUUGGUUGAUUUUGGAUUUGCCAAGAAAUUACAAUCUGGACGUAAGACAUGGACUUUCUGUGGUACUCCGGAGUAUGUUGCUCCUGAGGUUAUAUUGAAUCGUGGCCAUGACAUUAGUGCCGAUUAUUGGUCAUUGGGUGUGCUUAUGUUUGAACUUUUAACAGGUACUCCACCAUUUACGGGUUCGGAUCCAAUGCGAACCUACAAUAUUAUUCUAAAGGGAAUCGAUGCCAUUGAGUUUCCACGCAAUAUUACCCGCAAUGCCAGUAACCUUAUCAAAAAACUAUGCCGGGACAAUCCUGCCGAACGUCUUGGCUAUCAGCGAGGUGGAAUUAGUGAAAUUCAAAAACAUAAAUGGUUUGAUGGAUUUUACUGGGAAGGUCUUCAGAAUCGUAGUUUGGAGCCUCCAAUUUUACCAACUGUGAAGAGUUCUACAGACACAACGAACUUUGAUGAUUAUCCCCCAGAUCCAGAUGGUCCACCACCAGAUGACGCCACUGGUUGGGACAAGGACUUCUAAACCGAAGUCUUAGCACUAAAGUUUGCUUGC